AUGCCCAAGAUACCGCCGCGCCCCGGCAACCGCCGCAAUGAUCGUUCGGCUUCGCCCAUGCGUGAUAGCUAUGCACCUUCGCCGUUCAAUGAAUGGAGCGGUCCUAGCAUGAGUCGUACCGUUUCGAAUGAUCUGCCCCCGCGUCCUCCCAGCGUCACGAUACCGUCUCUCGGCCAGGAAGGUAUUGAAUAUGCGGAUCUCGACCCAGGAAACGUGUCGGAUAGCCAUCACCAGACACCCGCGGAGACUCGCAAUGUUAGCAGUGAUCUCAAGAUCCACGCACCGAGACCUUCGUUGCCGACAUCAAGUGCUGAAGCAAAAGUCCAGGCUGUUACCCGCACUGAUUCCCGCCAGGCUGCUGCGGCAGGACUGGGCCGUGGCGUUUCGCCUGCUCGCGAGGAACUAGAACGCUCAAGUCGUUCCAUACAUCCCCGAUCGAGUGGCUCACGCGCCGAAUCCUCCACUGCAUCCAAUGAGCGCCGACAUUCUGCCCAUAUCGGAGAGGAGCAGGGCUUCCGUGUGCCCAUGUAUCCCCAUGCCGGUGACGUCCAGGCCCCAUCCCCCAGCCCGUACCUUGACCAGGGCUCCCAGCGGUCGAGCCGCAACCACAACCGUACUCGCAGUGCUCGGGACUCUUCCUUGCCCCCUGGUAGCUACGGUUUGCACGGACAUGGUGUUCAGCAUCCCGAUAAGUUUGAGAAGGCUUGGUAUGAAAAGCAUCCCGAUGAAUACGUGAAGGAAGAAGGACAAUAUGGCCCUGGCGUCGGCACUCCGCGUCCUGAUUGGGCGAUGAGUAGCGACGAUCUAAACAAGAUUGUUCGAAGCUCGGCCCAGACUGGUUCCGGUCUUGGUACUUCCCCAACCAUUGUGGGCACCCCUGAAGAGGAGGUCGGGUAUAUUGCGUCCGACGAGUACAUACAUCAAAUUGCUUCUCCCCCUCCUGACACUCGACUGGAAACUCAACCGACUGUCGAGUCGCCACUUCGACAGAUGAGUUUCCCUUCAGAAGCUGCGCAGAAGCCAACCACCGCAAGCCCGCUGCGUCAACGUAGAUCUAGUUCGCAUGGACCUCAUGAUAGUGGUGUUAUCCAUGUGGAUGAUCCGAUGCAUCCUUUGCACCAUCCGGACGGUUUCGCCCCGACCCCGGCGCUGGAAGAGAAUGAGCCGACAUAUGAGAACACCGUGGAGGAAGAAGAGCCAAUUUUGGCUGCUGAUGAAGUGCGCCCUGAGGCAGCGUACUUGCAUCCCGCCGUCUCGCCGACAUUUGAUCAUCGUGGAAGCUUUGAGGAUGAUGGCCGCAGUCGGACCCCUAGUAUCCACAGUCGUUCCAACAGUCGAUCCACAAGCGCGCAAGCACAAUUCCCGGUGCUGACCCGCUAUGACUCGCGUGAGGAUGCGCAUACACCUCUUGAAGACGUCGACGAGUAUGAGCCUUUGUUCCCUGAAGAGGAUGCUAAUAAAGAGCACACCGUGUCAGCUGCGGAUCGUUUCAAGAAAAGGCCAGACACACUCAAGCAUAGAUUCCCUAGCCAGGAUAUCUGGGAGGAUACCCCGAACAGUUUGCAGCUUCAUGCCACCGUCACCACUCCAGAUCUGCCUAAGCGAGACUCUUCUGAAGUCUUCGAAACACCCGAGCAAGAGGCCACGCGCAGGAUGCAAAACACCAAAGUCGACUCUCAUCAGGUAGCUACCCACAUCCUGGAAGGCGAGAGCGCCAAGGACAGAGCCCCCACGCGACCAGACACUUUGAAACAGCGUUUCCCCAGUAGAGAUAUUUGGGAAGAUGCUCCCGAUAGUCACCAGCUGGUGACCACAAUUGAGCCUGCAAAAGAAGAAUUGAAAAGCCCAGAAGUACCUUCCAGGCCUGAGAUUCCCCCGCGUCCGCAGAGACAGACUCAGUCUACCUCGCCGACCGAAAAGCGCCAACCACCGACAAUCCCAGAGAGACCCAAGCCGCAGGUCCGUACUCGCCCCGCUAAGCCCGUCUCCCGGGCCCCAGCCGGCACCGCCGAAGCCCCGAGAGAGGCUCCUGCAGUCAAGGCCAAGCCCGCAAUCCCUGCUCGUCCGGGCGGAAGCAAGAUCGCAGCCAUGAAGGCUGGCUUCCUCACUGAUUUGAAUGCACGUCUGCAGCUGGGCCCACAGCAGGCCAAGCCUCAGGAAAAGGAUCCCGAGGCGCCGGUUGAAAAGCAGCCUCUGAGCGACACUCGCAAGGGAAGAGCCCGCGGUCCAGCGCGACGAAAGCCAGCCGUCGAGAAGGCGACCUCCAGACUCCCCACUAUUCCAGAGAUCAAGGUCACAGAAGCUUUGAAUGUUUGGCAAGUUGGCCAGGAUGGGAAUCUUGUUGUUGGAAACGGUAACAACGAGAAGCCUGCCGUUGCAAUGAAAGAACCAUCGGUGUCUGUUGAACGCCCAAUGGCCCCUCCAAUCGCCAAGAACACCGCCGGCGAAUCUGUAGACCCAACACCUGAAUCCCCCGUUGCGGAGGAUGUGACCUCGCCCGGAACCACAACAGCGGAUAUUCAGCCCAUACAGACCCCGGAAGAGGCGCCGAAAUCGCCUGAGUCGUCUCCGGUAGCAACCGAAUCCGCAGAGAAGGAGAAGGAAAACGACGACGUGAACAUGACAAAGUCCCCUGAACCUGCAGCUGUUGCCACAGCGAUAGCUGAAUCUGUGUCAACUCCAGCUAAACUGGAUGACGCUCUGGAAGACAUGACUGCGUCAGCUGACGGCAAGAAGGAAUCUGAUGUUAGCAUUCACCGUGAACAGUAG